AUGACUGAGGUAUUAUUAAAUGAAGUAACAACCAGAUUUCUUAAUAUCGAGGAUAAUAACAUAUUUGCGGAGAGUACAUUAUCAGAUCCGAGGUUUAAAAGACAUGGAUUUUAUAACGAAUUUUCUUACGGGCGUGCUUGUACGAACUUAAAACAUUUGGUCGCAAAUGUAAUUUUACAAUCGCAGGCUGAAAUUUUAAUUGAAAAUCCAGUAGAAACCGUAAUUGCUGAGCCGCUGACGAAAAAAAACGUAACAUCUGGUUUUGACAGAGAAAUAGACGAAAUAAUUAAAAACACAAAUCCGACAGCCGAAGAAAGGAGAAAGAGACUGAGUGGAAAAAAGCAUAUUAUGAUAUUGAUAUUGCUAUUACUUUUAAAUUACAACAUGUGA